CUCAAGAAAAAAUCUGGAAUGUGCACCACCAGAUAAAGUAUUGGAAAAAGAGAGUAUUGUCCCACAGUCAGCAGGCCACUAGCUUAUUAACUUCCAGUCACCUUGCUAAAAUGAAGACGCUGCAGUCUACAUUUCUCUUGUUACUAUUUAUGCCUCUGGUAAUGCCAGCACCACGAACUCAACAGGACUCACGAAUUAUCUAUGAUUAUGGAACAGAUAAUUUUGAAGAAAACUUGUUUAGCCACGAUGAUGAGGAUAAAUACCUGGAUGGAAAAAAUAUUAAGGAAAAAGAAAAUAUGAUAAUACCCGAUGAGAAAAGUCUUCAGUUACAAAAAGAUGAAAGUAGUACACCAUUACCACCCAAGAAAGAAAGUGAUGAAAUGCCCACAUGCCUGCUGUGUGUUUGUUUAAGUGGCUCCGUAUACUGUGAAGAGAUUGACAUUGACAGUGUGCCCCCCUUGCCAAAGGAAUCAGCCUAUCUUUAUGCACGAUUCAACAAAAUUAAAAAGUUAACUGCCAAAGAUUUUGCUGACAUACCUAACUUAAGAAGAAUUGAUUUUACGGGAAAUAUGAUUGAAGAUAUAGAAGAGAACACUUUUUCAAAACUUACUUUGUUAGAAGAACUGACAUUAGCUGACAAUAAGCUAUUGAAACUUCCAGCUCUUCCUCCUAAGCUUAUUUUAUUUAACGCAAAACACAACAAAAUCAAAAGUAGAGGAAUCAAAGGAACUACAUUCAAACAAUUGAAUAACCUCUCCUUCCUCUAUUUGGACCACAAUGCCUUGGAAUCUGUGCCUCUUAAUUUACCAGAAAGCCUACGUAUAAUUCAUCUCCAGUUUAACAACAUAACUUCAAUUACAGAUGAUACAUUCUGCAAGGCUAAUGACACCCGUUACAUUCGGGACCGCAUUGAAGAGAUACGCUUGGAGGGCAACCCCAUCGUCCUCGGAAAGCAUCCCAACAGUUUUAUUUGCUUAAAAAGAUUGCCCGUAGGGUCAUACUUUUAAUCACUUUCAACACAGUAUAUAAACUAAAGUGCACACAUACUUAUAAUCUGUCCAACAAUGUCUAAAGGAGAACAAAUAUUUCUUUAAUAUUAACUUUGUAUUCCAUUAUGAAGGAAUUUUAUGGUUUAAGCAAGGAUGUUCAAAAAUGUAACAAGUACUUCUAACAAGUAAAAAGUAAGACUGAAUCUAUAAGUUCCAAACAAACUAAUGUGAAAAUACUUAAACAGCAUUACAAAACCCUGGUAGUUUAUACUGGAGUGCCAUUAUGUUCUUAUAUAAAUAUCCAAAUUUAAGAAGCAUUAUUUCCAUUACUAAUGAUGUGAGAGUAUAAGUCCAAGAAACUUUCAACUGUUAGUCUUUCCUUGGCCUUUACUGAGUCCCGAAAGCAUCUAAGACAGAUGUUCCAAAAACUUUGAAAGGCUAAAUAUUUCCAGUGAUCUCCCAUUUUUCUCUUAUGAUUCAUGCAUUAUUCGUAAUGAAGUAGGAACUUUGUUUCUAUUAAGGCAGCUAUUAUAUUUUGACUUAGCCUGAGAAACAGAACAAGAUUUAUACCUAGACAAGUUUCCAAAUAAAUCAUAAUUUUACUCACUGAUGGAGAGAUAAUAUGGUAAUGUUCAAAGUUAUUCUGCUACAAAGUCACACGGUCAAAGGCUUCAGUAAAAUAGUAAUAAAUUUCCCUUAUCUAAAUAUUAACACCCUAAGUCUACCAUAAAACAUUUUAAGAAGCCAAGUAGACCAAAGUCAGUAUGCUUAUAAGAAAAAUUGAAGGUUCAUCGCAUUUCCCACAAAACAGCCAUAAAGUUCUCUAUUGUAAAAGAUUUCAAAUAUGAUACAUACUGCAAAAUAAUUUCAUUUUACAGUAUAAGAGUGAGAAGUUCUUUAAUCAAUUUGUCAGCAUCUAAGGAAUGAAAACCAAGCUAAUUCUGUGGUGUUUUGCACCCCUACACAUCUCUAUUUUCAUACAAACUAUAUAUUCAAUAGUGAAAAUUCAUGACCAGUCUACUAGUGAUGAUUUCUGAUGACAUGAUGCUACCAGAUUAAAGUUCCUAAAAUAACUUUCUUUUUGUAUGAACCCCACUCAGAAAUCUCUGUUUCCACAUUGUUUUGGGGUUACAUGGAAAACUGUUAGUGCUUUAGAAACAUGAGAUGGAAUGUGUUAAUAAAAUUACCAACAUUGUUUCCAAAAUAAACUGCAAUCAUAUUGGUCAGAAUCAAGUUGGUCUUUGUAUACUAUUCCCAGAGAGGUACUUAAUCAAAUUUUAAGCAUUUGCUUCUGUUUUUUUCUCCUCCCUAGCAUGUUCCUGUUUGUUUUUCAAACUUCCUCCCUUUUGUCAAGGUUGACCCCAUGAUGAAACUUUUUCAUUAAAACAUCUGUGAUCUUAAGGUCACAAUAAUUAUCUCUAUAACUCUUGUUAACUCAUUUACUUACUUUAUUUUGAUAAUUGAUAAUCCAAACUAUUAUAUGGCUUUCUCAUGAUUUUGUGUGCAUGCCCCCUUUCUCUGUAACUGACAGCUCAUAGAGCACUAUGAACACAUUCAAUACUCCCUUUAUACUUUCAAAGUGCCUAAUAUAAUACUGAGCACAUUUGAAUUGAAUAUACAAUAAAUAGUGUAAAAUAAAAUCCACUUAAACA